CCUCAGACUUGUCGAGAUUUCUUAUUGCGAUAAGCAUAAACUUUUUAAAACGUAAAGGGAUAAGGGGACGUUUAAAACGUAAAGGGAUUUCACCACAAUAUUUUAUUACAUAUGCACUCGAUCAGAUACAUAGAAUUAGGCUCCAUACUGUGAUUUUCGUUACAAUGAGGAGCCAUAGUAAGCUCUUGGUGUUGGCACUGUCGGUGUUGGUGCUAGGUGCAGUAGCAGAAAAUAUCUUAACCCCUGGUCUUGUUUUACCCGAAACAAAGAUGGACGAAACAGCAAGACACAGACGACAAAGUGGUGGACAUUUAGGUGCAAGAAAUUCAAUCAGAAACAGUUUAAGCACAAUCUCCACUAACGGCAGUAACAUUGAAGCAACAUCUUAUCAACCAUCGUUGGCCUUGAAUAUUACCAAGGUUAAUUUAAAAAGAGAUGAAGGACUUAACGACCGGAAAUUCCGCCUACGGUUACCAAAAAGAAAAUGGAAACGCAACAAAAAGGCUUUUCAGGCCUCGGUUAAAAGUCGACCUCCACCCCAAGAGAUUACUAUUUUAAGCAGAGGCAACACGUCUAUCCAUUUACAGUGGGUGCCGCCAGCUAAACCAGUGCUGAAAUAUAGACUAUCCUAUCGAACUAACCGCCGACUAGGGUCGUAUCACGGGGCAUCUCAGUCCCCCAACCGGUCGGUCGUGAGCUGGGUAUUGGGCAACCAAACCGAUAUUGAACUGCGACACAUUGCAGUGGCCGAAAAGAUCGAGGUUCGAAUUCAGGCGGUUUAUCCAGGUGACGCCAAAAGCUGCCACAUGAUGCUCCUGGUAGAAGCAAACCAGAUGCGUGACGCAGUUGUUCCACGACCAAGUAAUCUUGUAUUCGAUCGAGUCAAAGAAACAAGUUUUCGUGUAAGAUGGCAACCGCCAAGAAGCGGGAUAACGGCGAACCAUAUUCUGGUUCGUGAGGUCGGCGGAAGUUUUUCACAAGACGCCACCUUGCGGGCAAAAACACGUCACGUGAGAGUCACCGACUUAAAGCCGGGUACCAGAUAUACUGUGCAGGUCAAAUCCAUCAAUGGAGGGCGCUCGAGUGGAGCAUUGCUUGGAUUUGUAAAGACACACCCAUUACCAGGACAAGAUCCCUCUGAUAUUCAAAGGGUUCUGGUAGAAAGCUCCAACGACACAAACCUCAAUGUUGAUCUAAAUGGAGGUGUUGUGACAUCCGGUGGAAGAGUGACCACAAGUCAUGGUGGUUCAUCAUCAUGGAGCGGAACUUCUGUGUCAACGGUCGGUUCGUCUUCACGUCGAGUUGUUAGCACGUCAGGUUUGGCUUUAACUUCAAGUGGAGGUGCAAAUGAGUUUGAUGUUUCACCGAGUGUGGGUGGGUCAUCAGCUAUGGGAGCUGGAAGGACAUCAGAUAUUGAUUCAGAUACACAAACCGGCCGUUUUGUUCAAGAUUGCAAGAAAGCCCAAAAAACUGACCUGGUAGUUCUGACUGACGGUUCAUGGAGUGUCGGGCCUCAAAAUUUCAAAAAAAUUCAAGCUUUUCUUGUGAGUCUUGUGGACGCUUUCAGCAUCGGUUUUAACAACGUAUUGAUGGGAUAUGCUCAAUACUCCGACGACGCAAGAACUGAAUUUAAUUUAAAUGAACACGUCACCAAAGAUGACCUUAUAAGGGCAAUCAACCAAGUUCAAUAUAAGGGUGGAAACACCGCCACCGGAGGCGCUCUAGAUUACAUCCGAACAAACCUUUUUACAAGUGAAGGAGGAACACGCAGGGGAGUGUUGAAGACAGCCAUUGUAAUUACUGAUGGAGAAUCCAUCUUGGAUGACGUCACUGAGCCUGCAAGGAUGCUCAAAGAAAUUGGUGUCGAGGUGUUCUCGAUAGGCGUCGCAGCAGCGCUAAGGUCGGAGUUGGAAGACAUUGCUUCCUCCCCGGCAAGUGAUCACGUGUUCUCCGUUGAUAACUUUGACGACAUCAAAAACAUUAAAAAUAUUUUGCUCAAAGAGACUUGCAAAGCUGUUGCUGUUUGUCGUAACUUUGAACCUCCUGAGCAUGGGUCACUAAGAUGCGACGAUGAACCUUUCUUACAUGGGACAACCUGUGUGUUCUCAUGUGAUGAACCGAUGUUUAAGUUGAACGAGGUGGGGAGUGGUUUGCGUACCUGUCUUGCUGGUGGUGUAUGGGACAAACAGGAACCGACAUGCAUACCGGCGGUUUGCAACGCUUUGGAGCCGCCACCAAACGGCGCAUACGAGUGCACAAACGACAAUCUGAUAAACAGCGUAUGUCGACUGCGAUGUGAACCUGGUUACCAAGUUGUUGGAGAAUCAAGUCCAAGAUGCAAACCGGAUAGUAGCUGGUCAUCAAAUGACGCAUACUGCGAAUUGGUCACGUGUGCGAGCCCAGUUGCCCCUGAGAACGGUUCUAUGAGAUGCACUCGUAAUAGUGACUACCAAUCCAAAUGUACGUUUGAAUGUGACCGUGGUUUUGAACUAAAUGGAGCAAAAAGAUCAGUUUGUGAAAGAAGUGGCGAGUGGUCGAUUCCUUUUCCUUCAUGUUUACGUAUCGUUUGUCGGAAUCGUCUCCUGCUUGAACACGGCUCAGUAACUUGCUCGAAAUCGGAAAACUUCGGAUCAAAGUGUGACUUUUCGUGCCAGACCGGUUACGAACUGCUUGGUUCGUCCCACGCGACUUGUGGUCAACGUGGCAGUUGGGAUUUCUCCCGGGAGAGUGAUCUACCCCUUUGUGAACGAAUCAGUUGUGCCAGUCCUGAUUUGAACGAUCAUGUUACUCGAGAGUGCACAGACGGGAAUUGGUACGGUAGCGAAUGUAGCUUUAGGUGUGAGAACGGAUACAAUCUUAUCGGUGCGGGUCGUACUUCAUGUAGAGGCAGCAGAUCUCCUGCGGAUUGGACAGAACAAUCUCCAGCGUGUACACUUGUCACUUGUCCUGAGCUGGAGGCUCACUCGAACGGAGACAUCGAAUGUACAGCAGAAUCAAAUUUUCGAUCUCGUUGUACUCUUACUUGUCACCUGGGCUAUGAAGUAAAAGGAACAAAUCUAAUCACCUGCGGAGCAGCAGGGCGAUGGAAGGGAAAACUGGGACACUGCUCAAAAAUCAUCUGCGAAGAAUUGGAGUUGUUUCAUCAUGGGAGCGUCUCUUGCACCGACGACACCAACUAUGGUUCGGAAUGCACUUAUACAUGCGACACGGGUUACCAACUCAGCUCCGGGUCAAAAGUCAGACGAUGUCAAGAUAAUCAUUUGUUCGACGGACUGGCAGCGUUAUGCACAAUUAAACAGUGUUUCGCCGUCGCUCCCCCGCUAAAUGGAGAAGUCGAAUGCAGCGAUGGAACAAACUUUGGUUCGGUUUGUCAAUUCACGUGUAGCCCUGGAUAUGAACUCUCGCUGGAGGAACGUGUUACUGCGUUCGAGCGAAGAUGCGACAGUGACGCUCGUUGGACCAACACACAACCUUCGUGUAGACUUGUGAAAUGCCCGACGUUGCUGCAACCAGUUAACGGUAUAGGAAGGUGUUCUGACGUCGACAACCACGGUUCAAUCUGCCAAUUCCAUUGUCACGCUGGCUACGAGCUGGAAGGCUCGGUAGAGAGAACAUGUCAAGCAAAUCGCCAGUGGACGGGAGAGGAAACGCGUUGUCUCCUUAUAAGAUGUCCGGGGCUCUCACCCCCUUUACAUGGUUCUGUAAUUUGUGGAGAUCAAAAUGAUUUAACCGACGCAGAAACAGAAAACCAGGCCGAUGGAUAUGGGACCACGUGCUUUUACAAGUGUGACGCGGGCUACUACUUGGUUGGAAGCCGAGCAAGAACUUGUGAACGAGAUCGUGAUUGGAGUGGCGUGGAAUCUACUUGUUUACGAAUCACGUGUCCUAUACUGGAACAACCAUUACACGGAAGUGUGACGUGUACACAAAGUAACGAAUAUGACUCCAGAUGUACUUUCGCUUGUGAUCUCGGAUACACACUUCAUGGUGGAGAUGCGACAAGGUCAUGUCAAUUAAAUUAUCUGUGGAGCGGAACCGAAGCGGUUUGCCAAAUCAUAAGAUGCGAAAACAUAUUCGCUGACCAACAUACGUCAAUGACGUGCACCAGCGGAAACCGGUAUGGAUCUAUAUGUACGUUCAAACCGCAACUUGGUUAUGAGCUGAUCGGCGAAACCGUUGUCGAGUGUGGAGAAAAUGGCGGCAACCACCCCAACCCGAUUUCCAGCAGAAUUGAGUGUCAACCAAUGGAUGAUCCAGACAACGGGAUCGUCACCUGUUCCAAUAACGAAUACUUUGAUUCUACAUGUACAUUCACUUGCGAUGAAGGUUAUGAACUUAUUGGUAGCGUUGCACGUACCUGCCAAAUGAAUAAACGCUGGUCAGGAGAAAUAGUCACAUGCAGACAAAUCACUUGCACUGAGCUACUACCACCCACACAUGGCACAAUAUCUUGUAGCCAAAGAAACACGUUUCGAUCUACUUGCACAUUUUUUUGCGAAAAUGGUUACGAUCUCAUUGGUUCUGCCAGCCGGAAAUGUCAGGAAAGUCACUCUUGGACUGGAUUGGACGUUACAUGUACUUUUGUAACAUGUCCCGACCUAAAUGAUCUACGUAAUGGAGAGAUGACAUGCACUGACUCCAAUAACUUUCGGUCAGAUUGUACAUUUUUAUGCAAUGACGGUUAUAACUUGGUUGGAAGUAAUGUUCGAACAUGCCGAGCUGAUCACGCUUGGACUGGAAGUGCAGCUUCGUGUGUUUUGGUAACAUGUCCGGAAUUAAAAGUACCAAAACAUGGCAGGAAGAAAUGUGCAGACAGUAACAACUUCGACUCGGAAUGCAUCUUUAUAUGUGAUAUUGGAUACACCAUGCAUGGAACAAGCAGCAGAACUUGUCAGUCAGAUGGCAGCUGGACAGGAAAGCAUGUUUCAUGCGGCAUCGUCACUUGUGAAGCUGUGCCUGCACCACAACAUGGAAGUAAAAGGUGUACCGAUGGUGAAAAUUUUGAUUCCUCAUGUCGUUUUACUUGUGAUAUUGGCUACCAACUUGUUGGUAGCAUUUCAAGAACAUGUUUGGAAUCUGGUGAAUGGAAUGGUAUUUCUACUUCCUGUGUCAUGAUAACUUGCUCUGAAAUGGACAAUCCUGCUCAUGGAUUAGUUGAAUGUACAUCUAACAACAACUAUCAGUCAAUUUGUACAAUUUCUUGCAAUGCUGGGUAUAACUUGGUUGGAACUAAUACCCGGACGUGUCAAGCAACUCACACUUGGUCAGGUAUUGAGGCAACAUGUGUCAUGGUAACCUGCCCAGCAUUGGCAACCCCAUCUCAUGGAUCUGUUGAAUGUGAUGAAAGCAAUGUGUUUAAUUCUUCAUGUAAAUUUAAGUGCAAAAAAGGGUUUACACUUAUUGGAAGUACAGUGAGGAUGUGUCAAGCUGAUCGAACAUGGACCGGCAAGACAACUUCAUGUUCAUUGAUAACAUGUCCUGCAAUAGAAGAGCCUGAUCAUGGUAGAAAGAAGUGCACUGACGGUGACAAUUACUUAUCAGAUUGCCAAUUUAUUUGCGAUAUUGGUUAUGAACUGGUUGGUACAAAUUUUCGUUCCUGUGGUGGAGAAGGCAUAUGGUCUGGUAGAGAAGUUACUUGUGUUUUAAUUGUCUGUGAUCUUCUUUCUGUUCCUGAUCAUGGAAGAAUGACCUGUUCAAACCAAGCAAAUUAUCAUUCCCGAUGCUCAUUCACGUGUGACAUUGGUUAUGAAAUUGUGGGAAGUUCAUCAAGGACUUGUCUUGAGUCUUCUGACUGGAGUGGUGUAACAACAUCAUGCUCAGUGAUCAGCUGCAGUGCUUUACCGGCACCAGAAAAUGGAAGACUUGUCUGCAGCAAUGUAAAUUCAUUUGAAUCUUCCUGUGAAGUUACUUGUGAUGAUGGUUAUAACUUGGUUGGAAGUAAUGUUCGAACCUGCCGAGCUGACCAUGCUUGGACUGGAAGUGCUGCUUCGUGUGUUUUGGUAACAUGUCCGGAAUUAAAUGAACCAAAACAUGGCAGGAAGAAAUGUGCAGACAGUAAUAACUUCGACUCGGAAUGCAUCUUUAUAUGUGAUAUUGGAUACACCAUGCAUGGGACAAGCAGCAGAACUUGUCAGUCAGAUGGCAGCUGGACAGGAAAGCAUGUUUCAUGCGCCAUCGUCACUUGUGAAGCUGUGCCUACACCACAAGAUGGAAAUAAAAGGUGUACCGAUGGUGAAAACUUUGAUUCCUCAUGUCGUUUUACUUGUGAUAUUGGCUACCGACUUGUUGGUAGCAUUUCAAGAACGUGCUUGGAAUCUGGUGAAUGGAAUGGUAUUUCUACUUCCUGUGUCAUAAUAACUUGUGCGAAAAUGGACAUUCCUGCUCAUGGAUCAGUUGAAUGUACAUCUAACAACAACUAUCAGUCAAUUUGUACAUUUGCCUGUAAUAAUGGAUAUGAACUUAUUGGUUCAGAAGUGAGAACAUGUCAGGCAACCCGAUCAUGGAGUGGAAUUGCAGUAACUUGUGCUAUGGUCACAUGUCCGGCGUUAACAUCUCCAUCUCAUGGGUCAAUUAAGUGUGACAAUCAGCAUCAUUUUAAUUCUUCGUGCAACUUUAAUUGUAGAGAAGGAUAUACCUUGGUUGGAAGUCAAACUAGAAAUUGCCAAGCUAACAGAGCAUGGACUGGAAAUACAACAUCUUGCUCAUUGAUAACGUGUCCUGCAAUAAAAGAACCAGAUCAUGGUAGAAAGAAGUGCACGGACGGUGACAAUUAUUCAUCAGAUUGCCAAUUUAUUUGCGAUAUUGGUUAUGAACUUGUUGGUACAAAUUUCCGUUCCUGUGGUGGAGAAGGCGUAUGGUCUGGUAGAGAAGUUACUUGUGUUUUAAUUGUCUGUGAUCUUCUUUCUGUUCCUGAUCAUGGAAGAAUGACCUGUUCCAACCAAGCAAAUUAUCAUUCCCGAUGCUCAUUCACGUGUGACAUUGGUUAUGAAAUUGUGGGAAGUUCAUCAAGGACUUGUCUUGAGUCUUCUGACUGGAGUGGUGUAACAACAUCAUGCUCAGUGGUUAGCUGUAGUCCCAUGACAGCACCUGAAAAUGGACAUGUAAGAUGCAGUAACCAACAUUCCUACGACUCCUCUUGCAGAUUUUUAUGCAACGAAGGUUAUAAGUUGAUUGGAAGUUCUGAAAGAUCAUGUUUAGUUGACAGCUCUUGGAGUGGGAUACAAGGCUCUUGUGUUCUUGUAACUUGUCCUGUUUUACCUUCACCAAAUCAUGGAAGAAAAUCAUGUAGCGAAGAAAACCGCUAUUUGUCUGAGUGUCAAUACGUUUGCGAUGUUGGAUUUGACCGUCAUGGCUCAGAAAAUAGGGUUUGUCAAGAAGAUGGCACUUGGUCUGGUUCUCCUGUUGGCUGUGGUAUUAUUACUUGUGACACGUUGCUAGUUCCUUUGCAUGGUAAAAAGAGAUGUGCUGAUGGUGAUAACUUUGAAUCAACUUGUCGUUUUUCUUGUGAGAUUGGAUAUGAACUCACAGGAAGUCAAUCUAGAACAUGCAUGGAACUUGGAGAAUGGAGUGGAAUUGCUACCAUGUGUUCUUUGAUUACUUGUGAUGAGUUACCCAAACCUGAGCAUGGUUCAGUGAGAUGCACCAAACAUGAUGGAUAUGACUCACGAUGUACAUUAAGCUGUCAGGAGGGAUAUGUUUUAUUUGGAAGUUCAACACGAACGUGUUCAGUGGAUGGAACAUGGAGUGGGAAGGUCACCACUUGUGAAAGAAUUACGUGUCCCUAUAUCCCAUUUCCAAGCCAUGGAAGAAAAGUUUGCACUGAUAAAAAUCAUUUCUCUUCUAACUGCCAGUUUGUUUGCGAGGUUGGUUUUAAUAUCAUUGGAUCUACAGCAAGAGUUUGUCAAUCUGAUGGCUUAUGGUCGGGCACAGCUGCUAGCUGUGAAAUUGUGACAUGUAAUGCAUUGGAUGUUCCUGAAUAUGGAAGAAUGAGGUGUGCUGAUGGAAAUAAUUUUGAGUCAACGUGUCACUUCACAUGCGACAUUGGUUAUGAGUUGAUUGGAACUUCAUCUCGAACUUGUAUGGAAUCCUCUGCAUGGAAUGGUGAAGCUACUUCAUGUCAAUUGAUUACUUGCGAUGAGAUUACUGCACCAGAUCAUGGUUUCAUGAAUUGCACUAAUGACAACUUAUACGCAUCGCAAUGUGGAUUUCAAUGCAACCAAGGAUUUGUUCUAGUGGGCAGCAUCCAAAGAGUAUGCCAACAUAACAAACAGUGGAGUGGCAUCCAAACAUUUUGCCAAACUGGUACUUGUCAUGAACUAACAGCACCUUUGAAUGGAAAGAUGACUUGUGUAAGCAGUAAUCUAUUCGAAUCAGACUGUAUCUUCCAAUGUAAUGUUGGGUAUGAUUUGAUUGGUUCGUCAGUACGCACCUGUCAGUCCAGCCACAUGUGGUCAGGUAUUGAUACAUCGUGUGUUGUAAUGAAAUGUGGAAUACUUCAUCAACCAUCACAUGGUUCAAUUACUUGUGAUUCUUCUGAUCACUACAAUUCAACUUGCACGAUCCGGUGCAAUGAUGGAUACAGUUUGAGUGGAAGUUCGGUUCGUACGUGUGGCGCAAACCAUGCAUGGUCGGGAUCUGAAACUCUUUGCCAAUCUGUAACUUGCCCAUCACUUCCCUCACCCAGCCACGGUAGAAAGAAAUGUACAGAUGGUAACAACUUUGAAUCUGCCUGCAGAUUUAUUUGUGAUGUCGGGCAUGAUGUAGUCGGUACAAGGGUACGCACGUGUCAAGUUGAUGGAACAUGGUCCGGUCAAACCGUUACAUGUCGUAUUGUGACAUGCUCAACACUCGAAGUCCCACAGUAUGGAAAAAAACGGUGCGAAGAUGGUGAGAAUUUUGAGUCAAGAUGUCGAUUCUCUUGUGAUAUCGGGUACACACUACGUGGUAGUAAAGCAAGGGUAUGCCAAGAAGAUGGGACAUGGACUGGAAUGUCUGCUUCUUGUAGAAUGGUCCGGUGUGGAAAAACAAAACGGAUCCGGUAUGGAACUGUCAACUGCUCAGCUGCGGACCAUUACAACUCAGUAUGUAGAUAUGAAUGUAAAACUGGUUUUGAUUUAAUUGGAAACCCGACAAGAGUAUGUCAGGAUGAUCGACAAUGGAGUGCUGCUGUACCUACUUGUCAACGUUCAAGGUGUGGGUUACUUGAUACACCUGUUCAUGGAUCGAUGCGAUGUACAAAUGAAGAUUUCUUCUCAUCUCAGUGCGAAUUUGAAUGUGACCAAUCUUAUAGACUCAUUGGGAGUCCUUUGAGGAUUUGUAAACCUGACCGAAGCUGGUCCGCAAGACAACCAACCUGCCAACUGAUAACUUGCGAGAAUCUAUUACCACCGGCCCAUAGUAGACUGGAAUGCACAGACGGAUUCAAUUUUGGUUCAAUUUGUUCUUUGGUUGCUGAUAGUGGCUUUGAAGUGGUUGGAACAGAAAGCCGAGUUUGUGGGGGUGAAGACACAAAACUCGACUGGAAGCAGCCUUUGAGUAUUAGAGCACGUGACUGCCUUCCACUGAAUGCACCUGAACAUGGAACUAUUGCAUGCAACAAACAAUAUUAUUAUGAUUCUGAAUGUCGGUUCACUUGUGACAUUGGUUAUGAGUUGCUGGGUUCAGUGUCUCGGCGUUGCACUGCAAGUGGAUCACAACUAUCUGUCUUAGGGUGGACGGGAACACAGACAUCAUGCCAAGUAAUCCGGUGCACAGGCAUCUUACAGCCAGAUAAUGGAGCUGUUAGUUGCAACAAUGAAAAUAUUUUCAACUCAGUUUGUCGAGUUUCUUGUUCUGAAGGAUAUCACCUUGUUGGAUCCCCGGUGAGAAUCUGCGAAGACAGUGGAGAGUUUACUGGUGUGGCCGGUGUUUGCAAUCGUAUAACAUGUGGUGAACUGCCUGGAAUUGACAACGGUUCGAUACGAUGUGUUGGUGGAAAUGGCUUCCGAGCAUCAUGCGUUUAUGUGUGUAACAACGGUUACAAUCUCGUUGGAAGCGACUCCAGAAAAUGUACAGCAAACGGAGAAUGGACAAACAUUGCCCCAGUGUGCACACCGAUAUCUUGUCGUCCACUCCGAAAUCCAGCAUUUGGUAACACGACAUGUACUGACAAUAACAGAUAUGACAGCAGUUGUUCAGUAACUUGCAAUGACUGUUAUGAAGUGGUGGGAUCACCUAUUCGUACAUGCAGGCGAGAUGGUGCAUGGUCUGGUGAUGCUGCUUUAUGUCAAGUGACUACUUGCGUCCCAUUGCGAGCUCCACGUAACGGCGCCAUGGAUUGUGACGAAAGUAUAAACGAGUGUGGCACGACAUGUACCUUCACAUGCAGAAAAGGAUAUACAUUAAGUGGGGAUGCACGUAGAACGUGUGGUAAAGAUAUGCGCUGGACUGGCGUCGCGGCUGAGUGCUUACGAGCAACAUGUCCGCCAUUGGGUGUAAGCCUCAGCUUGACUUACACCUGCACGAAUGGUUCGAACGUUGGUAGCAACUGUACCUUCCAAUGCGACGAAGAUGCUACGCUCCUUGGCUCCACCUACCGAGUUUGUUUAAAUGAUGGUACAUGGAGCAGAUCGAAUCCAGUCUGCAGGGCGUGUAAAACUGCUGUCACCGACGUCAUAUUUAUUGUGGAUGGAAGUUGGUCGGUUGGGGAAAUUAAUUUCAGGAAAGCCAAAGAUUUUCUCAAAGCUUUGGUUGAACCGUUCGAAGUCGGCUGGGAUAACAGCAGAUUUGCCGUGGUUCAAUAUUCAGAUGAUCCAAGGACAGAAUUUUUGAUGAACGAACAUUUCACAGUCACCGAUGUCUUAAACGCCAUUGAUGCUAUACCUUAUAAAGGUGGAAACACAAACACCGGCAAAGCGUUGGCGUUCAGUCUCUACACAGCAUUGUCACCAGCAAAUGGAGCAAGGCCCUAUGUUAACAAGGUAGCAUUGGUCCUCACUGAUGGAAGAAGUCAAGAUGAAGUUGGAAACCCCGCACGCGAACUUAGGCAGGCUGGGGUUAAGGUCUUAACCGUUGGCGUGGGUGACGCGGAUAAGAACGAGUUAAAGUCGAUUGCCAGUCCUCCUUAUGAUAGCUCGGUGUACCAUGUGAGCGAUUAUGAUUCAAUAAGUGAGAUCAAAGCUCACCUUGCAGCAAAGCUUUGUGAAGGAGAAGUUCUCAGGGAUAAUCGAUGCGGUUGCCCUGCUGGUCCUCCAGGACUUCCUGGUCAAAACGGACGCCCGGGACAACCGGGUGUCUCCAUCAAAGGUGAUAAGGGAGAAGCCUUCAGUGUCGUUCACGUGAAUUAUGAAAGGCAGCGAAUUACAGCCAGAAACGGUGAUGGUUCGGUUGUAAACCUUGAUAUUCCAUCAGAAUUAAACCCGAGUAGCAGUAAUGACGGAAGACGAUUCUUUGCUGUUCCUGGCCCGCCUGGUCCGAAGGGCGAAGCAGGUUUACCGGGACAAGAUGGGUCGCCUGGAAACCCUGGUACGAAAGGCACUGCUGGAUCAAAGGGAUUGGUAGGAGCAGUUGGUCCACCUGGUUUAAAGGGAGAUGAUGGAAGUAACGGUUUGGAUGGAACUCCGGGAACGGCAGGUCGGCCUGGUCCACCUGGAUCACCUGGCUCACUCUCACAAACCGAGAAAACUGAAAUGUUGAGGCAAACACAAAACAUUGCACGAUCAAUCUCCCAGCGGGAGGCACAGCGAACGGUGUUCAACUUGUAUCGUACAGGAACUACGUCAUCGUCACGUGACCAGAGAUCUGUAGUACGAGGACCGCCUGGUCCACCAGGUAAACCUGGACCACGAGGACCUCCCGGGUUUGAAGGUCCUUCUGGUAUAAAUGGGUCGCCAGGAAUGCCUGGAUUACAAGGAAUUCAUGGCCUUAAAGGUGACUUGGGCGAUAAAGGAGAAAGGGGUCCGCCGGGUAUAGGAGUUGCUGGUCCCCCUGGAACACCCGGGCUACCAGGUCCAAGAGGUAUCCGUGGCAAGAAGGGAAUUGGUAAGCCUGGUAAACGAGGUCCACGAGGAAGACCUGGUAAAACAAUUUAUAAGAAACGUCCUGCUUCAACUGGUUUAAACUAAUAUUUCACGUUUAGUAUCUCAAUGAAACAUCAUCUUGCCAGUUUUGUUGCUUUUUAAACUAAAUUAGAAACAGAAUUUCAAGCGUUAUUCAGUUCGAAACAGUAUAGUUUGCAUUAUUUAUCAUUGGAACCUUUGUGUUUACACCAUCCAGCAGCAAACCCAGUACUAAACGUGUUUUAUUCUAGUUUGUCUUUUGUUGCUCGAACUUAAUUCAAAAGUCCCACUUUGCCGCCUAUUUUCGUAUGUGUUUCUUUUAUUAAUAUACACAAACGUGCUUUCUCAUUCUCUCUAUUCGUUCCAUUUAACAGUUAUAUGUACAGUGUUCGCAACAGCUCAAUAAAAUGCCUUUGUGCUUUUUUGUACAAAAACGUC